AUGUCAUCCACGAAGCACAUUUCCAUCUCACCUAAGAUCAGGGGAGGUUGGCCCGCAACCAAUCACGAUCCUACGUCAGCCGAGAAGGCGAGCAAGCUACUGCAAGAGGACUUGGUUAAGUUCGACAUGUUCUUUGAGCCGCCGCGCCACAACCACAUAGUUCAUCACAUCAUCGCUGCCUAUGCUCUCGGAGCGUCUCCGGGACAGCUUCAGCGAGCAUUCGACGUGAAUGCAGCGUAUCAAAGGCCGUGCCUUCCACAUAACGAAGAUGUCAUCCAGGCCAUGAGCGACAAAAGAAAGAUCAAUACGUUCCUGGAUGCCUACCAGCAUUACCCCAGCUUUCUCGCCUUCUUCCAGAGACAGAUCGAUGCUAAGGGACCUGGCGCUGUUCUUGAGGAGUACUUGUUUGCAAACGACCAUGUGUCCAAUGAGCUUUUGGUGAGAUGGGUUGCAGGUCUUCUCCACUCAGUGCUGCACUUUGGUUACGCAAUUGAGACCGAACAACCCGCGAUUCUUGCUCAAGCGCUGGCUCAAGCUUCUAUUCAUGAAGAACGGGACGUCGAUAUCAUCAAGUUGGCGUUGUUGGACGCCGAGGCCACAGCUGCCAGCCGUGAGCCGCCCCUCAACCGGUCACUACUCGACAUUCUGGACGACAUCCGACAGUCUGUCGAGCUUGAAAAGGCCCACGUAGCGCCCGAUUUUGACAAGGUUAAGCCUGUUCUGUAUCGCAAAUAUGACGCGUACGUCAAGCUGCUGAGCGAGUACACCAUCACUCCCGAAAAUCUUGAAGAUAGGAUUUUGGAAGCUGUCAACGUGUGGAGCGCUGGCGCUGCUUGCAAACCUCCGGCCGGGUUGUCGUUCAAGGUCGACUUCUUCCUGUUGCAUGCGGUCAACCUGGUUCCGUUUCUGCCGCUAUUCGGAGACACAUCUUGGCUUUCUGUGUCUAGCAAGAUUCGCCUUCUGGAGUGGAUUACCCGAUACAACAUCCUUCUCUACGCGUCCCGCGGCUGUCCCGAGUUGACUGACAAGUACAUCGAAGCCAGUCAAUCCCACCUCAAAGAUUGGCCAGAGGUGUUCAAUGCUGCGAUCAACCGCACAUACGAUGAUGGUCACCUGGUCAAAGCAGUUCGCGCACUUGCUUUCGCGCAAGAGACGACGAGAGCUUUGGAGAAGGACGGUACUCGCAUCAUUGCCGAAGACAAAUGGCUACCGCUGGCUAACAUGGUCCUGGACUCCGUGAAAGACAAUGCGAAGGAAUCUGAAGAGCGAUGGCAGUAUGAGCACUGGGAGUAA